AAAAAAAAAACCCCGUGAGAUGGUGUUUGUUUGAGCUCGUCAAUAGAACUACCAGAAAGCCUUUCGAAAGAUGUUCCGCAGCAUAAAGUUUCUCUGGGUUUGGGCAAUUAUUCCCUACGUGACGGCGCUAGAAUUUAAAUACCACAAUACCAAAGAAUUGGAAUCGUUUUUACGCGAUAUCAACACAAAGUACCCAUCAAUUACACACUUGUAUAGCGUUGGGAAAUCUGUGACCGGUAUUAAUCUCUGGGUUCUGGCAAUUGGAAAAUAUCCAGAAGGACACACUGUAGGGAUUCCAGAUAUGAAAUACAUUGGUAACAUCCAUGGUGAUGAGGUGGUGGGCAGAGAAAUGUUGCUCCACUUGAUCGAACAUCUGGUUGAAAUGUAUGAAAAAGAUGCCACUAUAACAAGAUUAAUAAACAGUGCUCGGAUUCACAUCAUGCCAUCCAUGAACCCAGAUGGAUUUGAAAUCACCCAACGUACAAAAGCAAACUGUAUGUUCUCUAAAGGCAGAUAUAAUAAAGAACAUGUUGAUUUGAAUAGAAACUUUCCUGAUGCCUUUGAAAAUAACCUAUCACCUUUACAACCGGAAACCAUAGCGGUAAUGGACUGGAUUUUGAAUGAAACUUUUGUCCUGUCCAUAAGCUUACAUGGAGGGGCUGUUGUAGCCAGCUAUCCAUAUGACAACAGACAAACAGAUACAAAAGUCGAGCAACCUACAGGUUACAGCAAAUGCCCCGAUGAUGAUGUCUUCGUGUAUCUUGCAAAGAAUUACUCUUAUAGCCACGAAAGCAUGUUCAGUGGAGACGAAUGUCAGAAUACCCCAUAUUUCCAGGAUGGAAUUACCAACGGAGCUGAGUGGUAUCAUUUUUCAGGUGGAAUGCAAGACUUCAACUACGUUUUGGGACAGUGUUUUGAACUAACUGUAGAGCUGUCUUGCUGUAAAAAUCCACCACCAGAAUAUCUGGUGGAAUACUGGAAUGAAAAUGAACAGUCCCUGAUUAAUUUCCUCAAACUUGUUCACCUAGGUAUAAAAGGUCAAGUCAUGAACAUGGAUGGUGCUCCCAUAGAAAAUGCAAUUGUAGAGGUUCAUGGUCGAGAACAUAUCAUUCCUUUUCGAACUAAUAAAUGGGGAGAAUAUUACAGACCCCUGUUACCUGGAUUAUAUACCCUGAAUGUCACUGUGCCAGGAUUUGGAUCAAACACAACUGAGCUGCAAGUUUUUAAUAACAUGGAAAAUUUCUCUGCAUUGGUCCUUAACUUUCAUUUCAACAUUAAUACAACUGAUGUGUCAUCUCUUACUCAACAACAAUAUGGCACUGCUAAUGGAAUACAACAAAACACAAUUUUGUUGAUCUCAAUUGUGAUUUGCUCAGCUUUAUUAAUUAAUGGAUAGAGGUGUUCUGAUGCUAUAAUUAUAACCUACAACCAAAUCUUGUUCCAUAAAGUCUGUUCAGAUUCUUGUAUCUGCUAAUUAUAAAUAUUAAUGUGACAAUCAAAAUAAGUCAGAACUGAUGACAUUUGAAUAAGUAUAUUUUAAAAUUUGGGUAAGAUCAAAUUUCACCUAUAAGAUGGAAGUUAUGGAAUUAUACAAUAUUGUCAUGGAUUUAU